CUCUCAGCUGAAAAUGGCGGCUCCCUUGACACUUGUCUUGAUUUUAGCAGUAACAAUAAGAGCAGUAUUAUUUCGGUCUAGCUUGGCUACACUGAUUUCUGAACGGGUUGAAGUUGUAUCUCCUCUAAAUUCGUGGAAGAGAGUUGUGGAGGGUCUUGCCUUGCUGGAUCUGGGGGUCUCACCAUAUUCAGGGGAUGUAUUUCAUGAAACACCUCUUAUCAUAUACCUCUUUCAUUUUGUGGUGGACUAUGCAGAGAUUGUAUUUAUGAUAGCAGAUGGAAUCACAGCAGUGGCUCUCUAUCUGUCAGUGAAGAGCUACAACAAAAAUGUGUUCAGAAAACAGAAGUAUGCUUUGGAGGCAGACAGGUAUCCACACGACUGUCUGGAGCUCAUGCGCUCACCCAAAGAGAUGUUCUACAUUCCUCUCAAAGUGGCAAUGUUUUACCUGUUGAAUCCCUUCACUAUACUAUCCUGUGUGGCAAAGUCUACCUGCGGUCUAAACAAUGCCAUUAUUGCAGUCUUCAUCCUCUGCACACUAAAAGGAAAUGCCUUGUUGAGUGCAAUAUUCUUGUCCUUGGCAACCUAUCAGAGCAUCUAUCCUCUCACAUUGUUUGCUCCUGCCCUUCUUUUCCUGCUACAGAGGUUGUAUAUCCCAGUCAACCCAUGCAGGAGUAGUUUCUGGUUCUUCACCCUGCAAUACGCCUUCAUGUUUGUGGGAAGUCUGGUUGUCAUUGUCUGCCUCUCUUUCUUUUUACUUGGAUCUUGGGACUUCAUUCCCUCAGUCUAUGGAUUCAUCCUCUCAGUACCAGAUCUUACUCCAAAUAUCGGCCUCUUCUGGUAUUUCUUUGCCGAGAUGUUUGAACAUUUUCGUUUCUUCUUCAUCUGCGUCUUCCAGAUUAACAUCUUUUUGUACACCAUCCCUCUUUCUAUCAAACUCAGGGAGCAUCCAGUAUUUCUCAUGUUCAUGCAGAUUGCCAUCAUCUCUAUUUUUAAAUCAUACCCCACUGUAGGAGACAUAGCACUCUAUAUGGCCUUCCUGCCUGCCUGGAGCCACCUUUACAGAUUUCUGAGGAACAUCUUCCUGGUUUCCUGCAUUUUGUUGGCAUGCUCAGUCCUCUUCCCUGUGCUCUGGCAUCUCUGGAUCUAUGCUGGCAGUGCCAACUCAAACUUCUACUAUGCCAUCACACUGCUAUUCAACGUUGGACAGAUCCUACUCAUGUCGGACUACUUCUACGCGUACUUGCGUCGGGAACAUCACCUGAGCCAGGGGCUGUACCUGCAGAGAAAGGAUGGCAGCGAGGCCACGCUGGUGUUAAAAUAGCAGCCUGUUUACCUCUUCUCUUCCUCCACCCUUCCCUGAUCUAUUUAUUUUUAACCUUUUUUUCUUGUCCUCUAUCCAACUUUCAUUUUCAAAGUUAAAAUUUGUGUUUACCAUUAAUCUGGAAAAUCCCUCUACCUACCGCACCAUAAUGAAAAUACUAAUGAAAUCGUGUACUACAAUGAGUGACCUACCAGUUUUCGUUCAGUAGGUGUAGGUGACCCAGUGAGCCCUGAUACUGCUCGCAGUUCUCUAAAACUCUAAACCCAGAGUGCGUGGCGUUGGGGUUCAUUUAAAUCCACACCGUCAAAUCAGUUAAAGGGCUAUUUACUCCCACAAACUGUGGCUGAAUUAUUCCAACAGGUUCAAUGCAGUGGAAUUUACCACCACUAGUCACAUGUUUCUCACCAUAGAUGGCACCUGUUUGUGUUCACGUUUACAACAUUCAAUGUCUCCUGCUCAGGCAUAAUAUGGCAAAGUUAGUCAGCAAAUUAGUCAUCCUGGUUCCGUUACCAGCAAAAUCUUAAUCUUAUCUUAAUUAAACUAAUCUUAAUUUCUCCCAAAGAAAACAACAAACAAGGGUCAGAAAAUGAAACUUAAACAAGUGCACCUAUAGUGAGUAAUGUGACGCCACAUCUUUGUUGUUAGGAAACUUGUGUAUAUAUAGUUUUUACUUGAAGAAAUAGGGUGAUGAUUUUGACAGACUUUGAGUUUCCUCCAAAGCCACACUCCUAGAGCAGAUGCUGAGGCAGCCACAGCAUCUCAAGAUUUUCUCAUGUUUCAUCUACAAUGAUUAACAGAACAUAUGCUAUAAUAUUUGCCUCUGUAUUGUGUACUAAUGUAUAUUUUUUCCAUUGUUACGGGUUGUUUUAAGGGGGAGUUUGACGCAUAUGGGCAGCAGAGGGAAAAUUUCUAAGUUACAUGAAAAUAUACCAUGCAAAUAAAGAAUGGUUCUAAAAUGG